AUGAUUCGUUCGCGCUUGGCAGACCUUGUUUUGAGUCUUCUGUUGUACCAUGUACACUUUGCCACAGCACAGAGAUGGCGUCAGACAUUCUCCACGCCUGCUGCAAACGGCGUUGCUCAGACUUGCUGGCAGCCGGAUGCCGGUUCCCCUUGCGUUCCACCCGUCCAGACGAGCAAAUCGUUCUUCCUCGAAUACAAUUGUUACUACAUGGAGAACAUCUGUCAAAAUGCGCGUCUGUGGCUCGCCGGUCACAUGGUCGCUAAUCAAGUUCGAACCGAAUUUGCCUACGAUUACAAGGGUUCUCGAAGAGACAAUCGCAGAGACGAGUCGUGUCCGCGCACUUGGAUCAACAAUGGCAGAUGCCCAGAGAGGGGUAUGCCUGGCCAGGCAAGAUCAUAUCGCUGGAACAGAGUGACCAGCACUGGUGAAUUUUGGCCGACCGUGGAUCUUGCACCGGGGUCCAACAAUCUUAUCGCUGACGACGCGACCGGUAGACCAUCUGAGAUGAUCUAUUCCUGCGAUGAGUUUCCCCCGGCGACUUGGAUCCAGGGCGGAUUGGGGGCGAACACGCGUUGCGCAGCGUUUCGAUGCGACGGAACCCCUUACUCUUCAGAGCAACAAUUUCAGGCAAUCUCUCAUGGAGUCUUGCGAAGCUUCAUGCAAGGCCGAGUCCCUAGAUUCGACAUCAACACUGAAGUCGUGAUAUUCUUCUUCCGCAUGACAAAUGCGAACAACGAAAUUCCCGUAAGCAUCGGCUAUACAGACGGUCUCAAUCCAGGCGAGGAGAUCGCUAGUCCAUUCACUGGUCCAUCGAAAAAGCGCGGCAUUGAAGGCGCGGAGAGUAUCUGGAACGGAAACCUUACAUUUGACCAAUGGAUCGACUGGGGAAACUCCGUUACCAUGGACGAAUUGCGUCAGAAUCACGGAUUGAUUGAGCAUCACAUACUGGUCAACGACACUAAAAAUGAUCCAAACUUCAUGCUGCGUCGUGAACUCGGAAAUGAUAUCUUCGGUCGAUGGACGUCUGAAUUUGAUGAUGCGAGGACGUUCGAUGCGAAGAUCGAUUUCAUCGGGCAAAAUAUCUCUUUCUUCGCAGAGCAGCAAGCCAACCAUGUUGUCCCAAGCCAAAAUUCACGAAGGCAUCAGAUUAUCGAACACCCCGUUGAAAAGUUGCUCUCGUCGAUACAUGGGCGGGAGAGUACAUCAACACCACUUUUGCUCAACGUCACCGAGUCCGCUCUUCAAAGGGCCGUGCGAAUCGUGGAGCAGGCCAUUUCCGAUGCCACUCGACUCAACGCAGCUCGUUUCGAGAAUGUAGCCCGGAACAAAUACGGGCUCGCGCCUGGGACAGUAAUUGGAGCGUCCGGCGGCGUCAAACGCCGAAAGCGAAAUGGUCCUAAGGGCGUACGAGAUGACCAAGACAGCUUGUCCUUACCCCCUCCUCCUCCACUGCUCGACGUCACAGCAGACCUUGCAGCUGCAGCCGCUUUGGUCGCCGAGGCAGACGCCGCUGGCAUCACUGGACUGAAUGUAUCCAGGAGCUUGCACUAG